AUGGGUGUCUUCCACGGCUUGGUUGCGAUCGUCCUUCUCGUCGCAACUCACUUAGCAACUGCCCAGCUGCCGACCAAUGCCAUCGAAGUCGACCUCGUAUUCCCUCGCGCGGGUGGGAAAUAUGCCAAAACAAGCGACGGCCUCCCAGUCGUCCUCUCACUGCAGAACCCCAACGUCGCCUAUCACUUUGGCUGGGUCUUCUCAUGGGAUAUCUACAAGAAGCCUCUUGAAAAUGUUCGGAGCUUACCUUUCAACACUAUUGGGUCCAUCCUAAAGAACGACUCCACCUACUCCGACAACCCGCACGUGGAAGCCCAGUAUACGGAGGCCCUUGACACGGGCGAGUACAUGUUCUCCUGGACCGUUCAUACUGGCCCUUGGUGUAAUCUUUCGAAUGCCUGGGUCGAGUAUUCAGCAAACCACAAAGUCAACAAUGGCACCUUCGACUUCACCAUUGAGCAGGGAGCCCCGACGCCAACCUUCACCGGAACAUGCCCAACUGCUUUGGGCAUGAUUAACUACGCGUCUUUGACGACAUAUCAUGGCCUCUUUGAUGGGGCGUACGAUGAUCCGGUCACAAGCCCGAUGUCAUGUGCAAUCACAACCAAUGUGACCUUCACAGCAGAGCCGUGCAGGGCAACAAUCAAUGAAGCACAGGCUACGAGUAUCUCCAGCCAACUUCAUUUGGGAACCUACGCGACUGCGUCAGCCACAGCAUCGCCGACGGGUUCCGCCGCUGCUGCCCAACACACGUUGAACAGGCGCCUAAUCUGGGCUGUCGUGUCAUUUAUUGUCCUGUUUGGCACUCAUGUAGCCCAAUGA